UCCAAAGUCACCCACUGGUCGCCGGUGUCAAGCAACUCCGCGGCAGCCGUCCCUUGAACCUCUCGCAGCCCCUAUCGAGCCAGCUACUUGGGCGCAGACUCCUGCGAUUCUCUUCUCCGUGGUUGACGCGGGAUGACUUGGUUGUUGUAAGAGGCUGCCAUUGUUUCUCGUGUCUCGCGCGCGCCGCCUCGUCAAGAUGUACGUCAAACAGAUCAUUAUUCAGGGCUUUAAGAGCUACAAGGACCAAACAGUCAUUGAACCCUUCUCGCCGAAACACAACGUAAUCGUGGGUCGAAACGGAUCCGGCAAGAGUAACUUCUUCGCAGCCAUUCGCUUUGUCCUCAGCGAUGCCUAUACGCACUUGGGUAGAGAGGAGCGCCAGGCGCUUCUUCACGAAGGUUCGGGUUCCGCGGUGAUGUCGGCGUACGUGGAAAUCAUCUUCGAUAACUCAGACGAUCGGUUCCCCACUGGCAAGCCCGAGGUCGUCCUUCGUCGCACGAUCGGACUGAAGAAAGAUGAAUACACUCUCGACCGCAAGAACGCCACCAAAUCUGAUGUGAUGAACCUGCUCGAGUCGGCAGGUUUCUCUCGCUCCAAUCCGUAUUACAUUGUGCCUCAGGGUCGUGUGACGGCCUUGACCAACAUGAAGGACUCCGAGCGCCUUAAUCUCCUCAAGGAAGUCGCCGGAACCCAGGUCUACGAAGCCCGCCGUGCGGAGUCGCUGAAGAUCAUGCACGAAACGAACAACAAGCGAGCGAAGAUUGACGAACUUCUGGAUUUCAUCAAUGAACGUCUCGCGGAACUGGAAGAGGAGAAGGACGAGCUGCGCAAUUAUCAGGAGAAGGACAAGGAACGAAGGUGCUUGGAAUACACCAUCUAUUCUCGCGAACAGCAGGAGAUUGCCAGUUUUCUCGACAGUCUCGAGGAGCAAAGACAGACAGGCGUUGAGGACACCGACAUGAAUCGCGAUCGCUUCAUUCAAGGGGAGAAAGAAAUGGCACAGAUCGACUCUGAGAUCGCAGAGUGCAAGCAGCAGAUCGAGUUUCUCAAGGUCGACAAAGCUCAACUGGAAGAUGAGCGUCGCGAAGCGUCCAAAUCUCUGGCACAAGUAGAAUUGCAGGCCAAGUCACUGUCGGACAACCAGGCUGCUGCCUUGGCUCUCAAGGCGCGCCACGAUGAAGAUCUCAAGACGGUUCAGCAAGCGAUUCAGGAGCGCGAGGCAGAACUGCAGCAGCUUCUACCCCAGUUUAAUGCCGCCAAGGAUCAGGAGGAGGCUGUCAAGGCCAAGCUCACCGAAGCCGAGACGGCCCGCCAACGGCUGUAUGCUAAGCAAGGUCGCAACUCACGAUUCCGCAACAAGAGUGAGCGUGACAAGUGGCUGCAGACGGAGAUCAAGGAGAACUAUUCUUCCAUUUCCUCAGUUCAAGACGUCAUGGCGCAAACUCAGGAGGAUAUCAAGGAGCUUGAGAACGAAAUCGCACUCUUGGAACCGGAAACUGAACGCCUGCGAAAGAUGAUUGAUGGCAGAGGAGACACCAUUCACUCGGUGGAACAGCUGGUCCAAUCUGCGAAGGACGAAAGAGAUCGCCUGAUGGACCAAAGAAAGGAGCUCUGGAGAGAAGAGGCCAAGCUAGACUCGAUCCUGUUCAACGCCUCGAACGAAGUGGCGCGUGCGGAGCGCAACCUAUCUCAAAUGAUGGACCACAAUACAAGUCGCGGUAUCGCGGCUGUCAGACGAAUCAAGCGGCAGUACAACCUCGAGGGAGUGUACGGCACACUAGCGGAGCUGUUCGAGGUCAGCGACAGAUAUCGGACGUCUGUUGAGGUUACAGCCGGUCAAAGUCUGUUCCAUUAUGUUGUCGACACCGAUGAGACUGCUACGAAGGUCUUGGAAAUCCUCCAGCAGGAGAAAGCUGGCAGAGUUACAUUCAUGCCUCUGAACAGGCUUCGGUCCAGGCCAAUUAAUAUGCCUAGGGCAAGCGACACGAUUCCGAUGAUUGAGAAGCUCCAAUUCGAUUCGAAAUACGAGAAAGCCUUUACCCACGUGUUUGGCAAGACUAUCAUUUGUCCCAACUUGCAGGUUGCCUCGCAAUAUGCCCGCAGUCACGGAGUCAACGCAAUAACUCCUGAGGGAGAUCGCUCUGACAAGCGAGGUGCCCUCACAGGUGGUUUCCACGAUUCUCGUCAGUCGAGACUCGAUGCCGUGAAGAAUUUGACGAAAUGGAGAGAUGAGUAUGAGACCAAGAAGAGCCGAGGAAGUGAGAUUAGGAAAGAAUUGGAACAGCUUGAUCAGCUCAUCACGAAAUCCGUGGGCGAGCUUCAGAAGUUGGAACAGCAAAAACACCAGGUACUGAACAACAGCGGGCCUAUGCGACACGAGCUCAAAGCCAAGCGCGAUCUCCUCCAGAAGAAGACCGACAAUCUUGAAGCUAAACGUCGGGCUAUCCGCAACAUCGAGAACAACCUGGCUGCCCUGUCUGACCAGGUCAGUGCUUUCGAGGCAGAGUUGAAAUCACCCUUCCAGAAGGCGCUCAGUAAUGAGGAAGAAGCGCGCUUGGAAACCCUCAACAACACUGCUCAGGAGUUGCGGCGCCAAUACCAAGAGCUUUCUAGUCAGCGGAGUGAGCUUGAAGCUCGCAAGUCUGUUCUUGAGGUGGAAUUGCGGGAGAACCUGAACCCUCGGCUGGACCAACUCGUGAGCCAGGACAUGGAUAUGGCGGAUGAUGAUGGUCAAGGCAACCUGAAAGAAACACAGCACGAGAUGAAGCGCCUGUACAAGGCCCUGGAGAAACUCGCUCAACGACUUCAACAGGUGGAUAACUCGAUCGACCAGGCUACUGCCCGUGUCUCCGAACUCAAUCAGCGGAAUACGGAGACCCGUCGCGAACUCGAAGAUCUGGCAAAGUCCAUCGAGAAACACCAGCGUCGCAUGGAGAAGAGUAUGCAGAAGAAGGCUGCUCUGACCAAGCAGGCGGCCGAGUGUGCUGCCAAUAUCCGCGACCUGGGCGUGCUGCCCGACGAGGCGUUCAGCAAGUACAAGAACACCGACUCGAACACGGUGGUUAAGAAACUGCACAAGGUCAAUGAGAGUCUCAAGAAGUACUCUCACGUCAACAAGAAGGCAUUUGAGCAGUACAACAGCUUCACCAAGCAGCGGGAAACGCUGACGAGUCGACGAGAGGAGCUCGAGGCAUCGGAAAAGUCUAUCGACGAUCUGAUCACCGUUCUCGACCAGCGCAAGGACGAGGCCAUCGAACGAACCUUCAAGCAGGUGUCGCGCGAGUUCCACAAUGUGUUUGAGAAGCUUGUCCCCGCUGGCCGUGGGCGCUUGAUCAUCCAGCGUAAAACCGACCGCGCUCUUCAACAGCCCGACGAACUUGAGUCCGACGACGAGGCGACCCGCGAGAGCGUGGAGAACUACGUUGGAGUCGGCAUCAGCGUCAGCUUCAAUAGCAAGCACGACGAACAGCAGCGAAUCCAACAGCUCAGUGGUGGGCAGAAGAGUUUGUGUGCGCUCGCGCUGGUCUUCGCAAUUCAGGCCUGUGACCCGGCACCGUUCUACCUCUUCGACGAGAUCGACGCCAACCUCGACGCCCAAUACCGUACAGCGGUGGCGCAGAUGCUGAAGUCCAUCUCCGACUCCACGAACGGACAGUUCAUCUGCACGACCUUCCGGCCGGAGAUGCUGCACGUGGCGGAGAAGUGCUACGGCGUCAGCUUCCGGCAGAAGGCCAGUACCAUUGACGUUGUGUCGAGGGAAGAGGCACUCAAGUUUGUAGAAGAGCAGAAGACUUGAAGAGUGGUACUUGGUGUUCGGUGAGCCAAGUUUCGUUGCUAGUUGGUUUGCUGCUCGAUAUUUAUGGGAUGGGCAAACGGAGCAGGCGCAUUAUAUGAUUCGACGGGGUUCGCGGUUUAUUCUGUGGCACUUUUAGUUUGAUGUAGAGGAAAAAUGAUUCUUUCCUCGACGUACAUGCACUUUCUACUCCGUAUUUCUUGUGUUUGUUCUUUUCUUUCUAGUUUGGUGAUUACGAUUCCCAAUGCUAUGUUCAAUCGAGGAUUU